AUGGUAGCGGCCUACGAGCUGGCGUCGCACCAGAGGCAGUGCGCAAGCGCACAGCCUUUGCCUUUCGUGCAGAUGCAGCACCCUGGAGUGCAGCAGCAAAUGUACCUGCCGCCCUCGUCUGGCUGCAUGCACGGCCAGUCCCUUGCCGACCAGUGGGCCAGCUGCGCGUCGAUGGCCAUGCCUUCGCAGGCCUCCGGUUUCGGCUGGCCUGCCGCGCAUGCUCUCAUGGACCCCGCUUGGCUCGACGAGCUGCAGCUGCUGCGCCGCGGCAUCCCGACGGGCGCCGCAGUCGUCGAGGCCGCCACGCAGACGCCCCCUACAGGCGAGCAGCUCACCACGCCGCCGCGCUACGUCGGCACCGUCACCGAGGUGGUCGAGCAAAGGGGCGAGCGGCUGUGGCUCGUCACCUACGACUCCCAGCCCGACAAGCCUUACGCGCAUAACUUUGCGAACACCAAGCGCAACGAGGCGCACGUCGACGUCUACAACGCCACGCUUUUCGCCGUCCUCGGCGAGGACGCCACCCCCUUCGAGUGCGCGUCUGCCGAGCUUCUCGACGCGCGGCGCGCGAGCCUCCGCAACGCCGCCGGCGCCGUCGUCACCGCCGAGUGCCUCAAAGCGACGCAGCGCCUCGUCGAUGUCUCCACGCCCAUCGGCAAGUGCGUCUAUCGCGUCCCCGCCAACAAGAAGGAGUUGCUCAACUCGCCGGAGCGCGAGCACUGGUUGGCUGCCGAUGAGAAGGGGCUCGACUGCAUCCUUCGUGGGCCCGGCAACUGCCUCGUGCCCGUCACCGUCCCCGCCGCCAAGGGCGUGCCAGUCCAGCGCUGCGUCACUGCGCGCAAGAUCAAGGUGGACCAGGCGACCGGACGCCUUGACAAGCACGACCCCUACAAGUCUCGGCACAGCGCCGACGGAGGUUUCGCCAAGGUCCAGCGCGAGCGCGCCGGCUUACCCGCCAGCCAAGUCCCCGCCACCUCGACCGUCGUCGACGACAUGACCACCAAGCUGUUCCUCGGCCACGCCGCCGCCAUCGACGCCAAUCUGACCAAGGGAGACGUCGGUAACGCCUACAUCAAGGCCAAGCGCCAGGGCCCCGUCGGCUACAUGAGCCUCCCGUCCACGCUGCCCAUGACCGACGAGGACGGCACACAGCUCUGCAUCGAGCUCUCGACGCCGCUCUGGGGCGCGGAUCAAGCCAUGGGAGUAUGGUCUUGGGGACAAGGCUUACGUCGGGCAGCGGCAGAUCAUCACAGAAUGGAGGGCCGGAACCUGUCCCUCGAGAAACAACGGUUCAACAAGACGGUGCAGCACUACCGUGGGCGUGUGGAGCACCUCAUUGGCCAGUGGUACCUCGGCGUGUUCCUCGUCCUCUCGAUCCUCGGCAUCCUCAGCUUCGUCCCAAACUUCGGCAACACCGGCUACCUCUUCGUCAUGGACGAGGCUGUCGACGAGGCCAACAAGUACUGCGCGGGCGACGUCAAGUAUCUGACCAUCGACGACGUCCUCGGGCUCGACCGCGGUCAAGACACUUGCCCCCAGGCGUGCAAGUGCGACGGCAAGCCGUGCGACUUCGACGAGAUCUCCACCCUCUGGGAGGCUGAGGCCGGGUUCGGGUUCGCACUCCUCGUCCUCACGAUCCUCACGUACGCCGUGGCCUUCACCGGAGCCCUCCAAGAGUCGCCGGCUCUGCUCAAGCCCUUCGUCUACAUCAUGCCUGCGCUGAUGGGUCUGGGGCUCAUCACUUGGAAUCCCUGGCCGGCCGAGUCUGACUUCAACCGUCUCAUCGUCGCUUCCAUCGCCAUCGGGUGGACCGUGUACGUCGUGAGCUGGGUAUUUGUGGCGAGCCAGGUCUUCGAGGUUCGCGUGUUCCUCGCGCACCUGGCCAAGCAAACGGGAGGCCCGGCAGUGACGGGGCACCCGGUGGCCGUGGCGAUGGUCCAGGCUGCCUAA